UCGUCGACCGCAGACGGACACCGUCUCAGACUCACCUGGUCCUGCUGAUAACACCGGUUCUGUAGAAAUAGACCAGAUAAGAAAGACAAGAAGGAGAACUUUUUUCAGAGAGUUUAGAAUUAUGAGCUCAUGAGAUAUAUCUGAAGGCAUUUACAAGGCUACAUCCAACUCAGCGAAGUUUUAUUUAUUUAUUAACUUAUUUAUUAUUUAUUUUAAUUUUCUUAUUUACAUGUGUGUGGCUAUUUUGAGGAAAACCGAGGACAACAGAAGACAUUUUAUUUGAGGUAACGCGCGUCGGGACGUCAUCGAAUUUUUUGACAAGACACGAUGGAGGGAGAAAAGCAACUGACCUUUCCUCUGAUGCUGGCCGUGGGGACGGCUGUGAUUGGCUCUCUCCAGUUUGGCUACAACACAGGUGUCAUCAAUGCCCCGCAAAAUAUCAUUGAGGCGUUCUACAAUGAGACAUGGAGAGAUCGAUAUCAGGAGCCAAUCUCUAAAACAACCUUGACCACCCUGUGGUCUCUCUCUGUGGCCAUCUUCUCUGUGGGCGGCAUCAUUGGAUCUUUCUCCGUCGGGCUGUUUGUCAACCGCUUCGGAAGGAGGAACUCUAUGCUCAUGGCUAAUGUGCUGGCAUUUAUUGCCGCAGCAUUGAUGGGUUUCUCUAAGAUGGCGGCUUCCUGGGAGAUGUUGAUUAUUGGACGGUUCAUAGUGGGCCUUUACUCUGGUCUGUCCACUGGUUUUGUGCCCAUGUACGUGGGUGAGGUGGCUCCCACAGCCCUCAGAGGAGCCCUGGGCACCCUUCAUCAGCUGGGCAUCGUUACUGGCAUCCUCAUGGCACAGAUCUUUGGUAUGGAUGUUAUCAUGGGUAAUGCCACCCUGUGGCCAUUCCUCUUGGGCUUUACCUUCAUCCCUGCACUGCUGCAAUGCUGUUUACUGCCCCUCUGCCCAGAAAGCCCUCGAUUCCUCCUCAUCAUCCGCAAUGAGGAGAACAAAGCCAAAGCAGUGCUAAAGAAGCUGCGUGGAAUGACAGAUGUGGGCGCAGACAUGCAGGAAAUGAAAGAGGAGAGCAGACAGAUGAUGAGGGAGAAGAAAGUGAACAUUCUGGAACUGUUCCGCUCUCCACUCUACAGACAGCCCAUCUUGGUAGCCAUCAUGCUCCAACUGUCCCAGCAGCUGUCUGGAAUCAAUGCAGUGUUCUACUACUCUACAAAGAUCUUUGAGAAAGCAGGAGUGGGGCAGCCAGUUUAUGCUACUAUCGGAGCAGGAGUCGUCAACACUGCUUUCACUGUAGUGUCGUUGUUUGUGGUGGAGAGAGCCGGCCGCAGGUCUUUGCACCUUUUGGGGCUGCUGGGAAUGGCUGGAUCUGCUGUAUUGAUGACCAUCGCUCUCGCCCUACUGGACCAGUGGAAGUGGAUGUCCUACAUGAGCAUUGUGGCCAUCUUUGGAUUUGUGGCAUUCUUUGAGAUUGGACCGGGCCCCAUCCCAUGGUUCAUCGUGGCUGAAUUGUUCAGUCAGGGCCCGAGACCCUCUGCUUUUGCUGUUGCAGGAUUCUCCAACUGGACAGCCAACUUCAUUGUGGGCAUGUCCUUCCAAUAUGUGGAGGAGCUCUGUGGGCCGUAUGUGUUUGUCAUCUUCACCAUUCUGUUGCUUUGCUUCUUCGUCUUCACCUACUUCAAAGUUCCAGAGACCAAGGGGCGAACGUUCGACGAAAUCUCCGCCGGUUUUCGCCAGACUGCAUCAGGUGCGGAGAAACAUACUCCUGAAGAGCUCAAUAGCUUGGGGGCGGACUCUCAACUCUAAACUCCUCCUUUGAAUCCACCUCCUUCUUUUCUCACUUCAGCAUGCAACUACUGAGGAGAGUGGCUCACUGAGCUGUCAAUCAAACAUUUCCCCCCUCCCACGGAUGCACUUACCUCUUAGUCCCCCUUUACUUGCCUCUGGCUUUACAAACAGUGCUGAACAUGAGAGAGACAUGGGGCUUGAAAGGCAGGGAGUGAGAGUAGUUAUCAUAUUCCUUUUAUCAGAAAGAUGAUAAUUUUAAGAUAUGUUUGAUGUGUCAUAUUUGUGUUGGAAUGCGUUAUUUUUUUUAUUUUUUCUUAACUGUUACUUCUGCUUUGCUAUGGAAGAGUUAAAGGGAUAGUUCACCCCCAAAAAAUUCUGUCAUCAUUUUCUCAUCCUCAUAUCAUUUCUAACCCAUAAGACAUUCUCUCUUCUGUAAAACACAAAAGGAGAUGUUAGGCAGAAAAAGUCACCAUUCACUUUCAUUGUAUGAAAUAGAGCAGCAUCCAAAUUGUUUUACAGAAAACAAAAUGAGGGUGAGUAAAUGAUGACAGAAUUUUCUUUUUAUAGGUGACCUGACCCUUUAAAGACGUGUGAGGUGUAACCUGACCGUACCCAACAUUGACGAUAGAAAUCUACAGUUGCUCUCAAGGCCUAACGGGACUGUUUUUGUGCAUGGCGACUGACAAUUCAUUACUGUAUUUCAAGGUAACUGUAUCUCCACUGUUGUCAAUCGUCAUAAACCAGAAAAAACACAUGUUGGGCAUCAUUAUCUUGGCCUUUGUCACCAAUAGAGUGCAUGUAUAUAUCUAGAGUGAAGUCAGGUAAAAUGGGGUACUUUUUGUCAUUGAAAGUAAUGGCAAAAAGUGUCUCAAUAAACUUGAAUUCAGCCUAUAAUGUCACCAGCUGAAACAAUAUGACAUUGUACAUGUAUGUACUGUAAUUUUUAUUUUAAACUCUUCUGCAUGGCUAGAAUUUUUUAAGACAUUACAGGGUCAUUUCUCGCUAUAUAUGUCUUCUGUUUUUGCUUUUGAAAACGUAUAUUUUACUCUGAUAAAUCACGUCUU